AUGCACGGGCUCGUUGCUAGGGAAGGGACGAGCGGCGAAGAAUUCUCCGAGCGUACCUGGCAGCUGAAACGUGACCACCCCAGUGCUGUAGUCCUUAGUACUGAUGACUUCUUUGUUGAAAAUGGUGUCUACAUCUUUGAGCCUGACUUCCUAGAGGAUGCACACAAGUGGAACCAGAAAAGAGCACGCAAAGCCAUGAAGAACGGGAAAAGCCCGGUUAUUAUUGAUAAUACCAACAUCCAUGCUUGGGAAAUGAAGCCGUAUGUGAUGAUGGCACAUGAAAAUAGAUAUGAAGUUACAUUCCAAGAACCGGACACACCCUGGAAGUUCAACGUUCAAGAACUAACAAGAAGAAAUAUUCAUCGUGUCCCCCGGGAAAAGAUACAACGGAUGAAAGAACAAUACGAGCACAAUGUUACCUUCCACAGUGUUCUCCGGUCUGAAAAACCAAGCAGGGAUGAAGGAAGCUACAGUGGAGCAAGUGCAGCUUGUAGCACAGGUCCCCAUCCCAGCCACCUUUCUGCCUUGCCAAGGAGGAGACCUGGCACGGCGCGUACGAAUGUGACAUUUAACUGAAAACGUGCAUUCCUUGGUAUUUUAAUUAUCAGGUACAAGAGCCUCUAGUUUUACAUUUUUUUCUAAACUGUUUUUUAUUCUUGAGUUUUUCUACUGUAUUUCUAAAUUACUUUUAUUUCUUACAAACCUUUAAAUGGCAUUGGACUGUGAUCUCACAGCCCUACAGGACCACUGUAAGAGCCCUGUAUCCAGUACAAACUGUACUCCCUCUCGUCCUUCCUCCAGGAAAAUCCAUUCAGGCACAUGUGAAAUGUACUGGCUCUACCACAUGCCACUUUUUGGUGUUAUUUUCUGCAUCACAGUCUGACGCUAGCAAUAAACAUUCCUAACUUAUUUCUGUCUUAAGGCCAUUGUGGCCAAUUCUUUCCCCACACAAUGGGAAUUUCUUGCCAUUU